AUGAAAGCACCAUCAGAAAGAGGUCUACCACCGGCCACACCCAGAGCCACCACUUACCGGAAAAAAAUGUCCAAACUAGUCACCGGAAAACGCGAUGAUACCCCUUUGCAUACAGCUUCCAGGGCUGGAAACAUUAACGCAGUAAUGGAGAUUUUAGGUGAGUGUGAUGAGGAGGAAGAAUUGAUUUCAUUGCUGGCCAAGAAGAAUUACGCCGGCGAAACGCCGCUGUAUGUCGCGGCGGAAUACGGUUAUGUUGAUUUAGUUAGACUUUUGAUCGAUCAAUGUGAUGUUGCAACUGCCAGCAUCAAAGCCAAUAAUGGUUUUGAUGCUCUUCACAUUGCUGCUAAACAAGGAGAUUUAGAGAUAUUGAAGGUCUUAAUGGAGGCCCACCCGGAGUUAUCGAUGACGGUGGAUAUGUCGAACACCACGGCGUUGCACACGGCGGCGAUGCAAGGCAACAUUGAGGUGAUGAAUUAUCUAUUGGAGAUAGAGAGUAGCUUGGCCUCGAUAGCGAGGAGUAACGGGAAAACAGCGUUGCAUUCGAGUGCGAGAAACGGGCAUGUUCGGGUGGUGAAGGCUCUUUUGGAGAAGGCACCCGGGAUUUCGGCAAGGAUUGAUAAGAAGGGGCAGACCGCCCUUCACAUGGCUGCGAAAGGGAAAAAUCAUGAGGUGGUUGAGGAAUUGAUCAAGGCGGAUCCGGCGCUGAUAAAUAUUGUCGAUGCCAAGGGUAAUACGGCGUUGCAUAUAGCAACGCGGAAAGGUCGGGUUCAGAUCGUAAAGAUAUUGCUAGCUCGUGGUGAAACCAACACACAAGUCGUGAAUAGGUCGAACGAGACCGCCCUUGACACAGCUCAGAAAAUGGGCCAUCCCGAAAUUGGAUGUAUCUUACAAGAACACGGGGUCCCAAGCGCUCAGGCCCUGAAACCUCCCUCGACUCCGGCUCGUGAGCUAAAGCAAACCGUCAGCGACAUAAAGCACGAGGUCCACCACCAACUCGAACACACUCUCCAAACUCGACGUAGGGUCCAAGGCAUCUGUAAACAUCUCAACAAAAUGCAAGCCGAGGGCCUCAACAACGCGAUAAAUUCCACCACCGUGGUGGCAGUGUUAAUCGCCACCGUCGCCUUUGCGGCAAUCUUUACGGUCCCGGGUCAAUAUGCCGACGAUCCGAACGACAUUCCGAAAGGGUAUUCGCUAGGCGAGGCGAAUAUUGCCCCACAACCGUUGUUUAUAAUCUUUUUUGUUUUCGACUCCGUGGCUCUAUUCAUCUCGCUAGCCGUGGUCGUGGUUCAAACGUCGGUGGUGGUAAUAGAAAGCAAAGCGAAGAAGCAAAUGAUGGCGAUAAUCAACAAGCUAAUGUGGCUAGCUUGCGUGCUUAUAUCGGUUGCGUUUCUGGCACUCGCGUUCAUCGUGGUCGGGGAGCACGAGAAAUGGCUAGCGAUCUGCGUGACGGUUAUAGGAACGUCGAUUAUGGUGUCGACUUUGGGUCUAAUGUGUUAUUGGGUGAUCAUGCAUCGGAUAGAAACUUCGAAUAUGAGAAAUUUGAGAAGGAGCGGGAGUAGGUCGAGAUCGAGGUCGAGGUCCUGGUCGUUGUCUGUAUUUUCGGACACAGACGCGAUGAAUACUGAGUUCAAGAAAAUGUAUGCGAUUUAG